CGCGCUGACAGUCGAAUUUCCGUUGAGAGCGAAGCUGGCAAAAAGUAAAAGUGAAAAUCAGGCCCUUGAAAUUUCUUCAUCAAUUAUGGAUUGAUUACCACGAGUACAGUGAUUUGUUUGCGAGCGCGGUUAACGGAAAGUGAAUUUGAAAGCUAGUGGCAAAAGUGUAAAUUUCCCUUCUGUGCCGUAAUCCAUAAUUGCGAGCAAGCACUCGAGCGCACCCACCCACACCACGCACGGUAUAUACACACAGUUGUGGGUGAGCCGCCCCCACUUUGCCCUUGGCCCCACGGACAGAAGAAGCGUUCGAUUUUUCACAACAGUCAGUGAAAACGCCAGCGGAGGAACCCCGAGAGCCCGAGAACCACGACAAACACGAGAACCGGAGACCCAUUAUCACCAUGGACAUGCUCAACCAGAUACUCAGCAUCAAUAAUGGCGGCGCCUACGGGGGCGGGAAGGCUGGUGGCGCCUUCGACCCCCUCACGUUCGCCAUGAAGCCCCAAGUUGUCAUCAGGGCCCUCUGCUGGCUCUUCUCGGUCGUGGUCUUCGGCUGCAUAUCCUCGGAGGGUUGGACGGAGAAGGAUGGCAAGGAGUACUGCCUUUACAAUGGCGAUGGCAUGGCCUGCAAGUACGGAAACAUGGUGGGCGUCUUCGGGUUCCUGGCCUCCAUGGGCUUCAUGGGCGGCGAGUUCCUUUUCGAGCGGAUGUCGUCGGUGAAGAGCAGAAAGCGUUACGUCAUGGCUGACAUGGGGUUCUCGGCCUUCUGGACCUUCAUGUACUUCGUGGCCUUCCUCUACUUGUGGUCCCAAUGGAGCUCAUCGCCCCCGCCGCCACUGGGAAUCGGAGCUGGCAGCAUGAAGACCGCCAUUUGGUUCUGCCUCUUCUCGAUUGUCAGCUGGGCCCUCUGCGCUCUGAUGGCCUACAAGCGCUUCCUGAUCGGCGCCGGUGAUGAGUUCACUUCGGCCUUCGAAACGGACCCGGCCAACGUGGUCCAUCAACAAGCCUACGGUUACUCAAUGGACAACGACAAUGACCAGUAUAGCGCCUCACCAUUUGGCCAGCCCCAACAGGGAGGCAUGGAGCAGCAGCAAUCCGGAAUGGAGUACCAGCAGCCCACCUACUAAGGAAUUUCCAAACUUGCUCCUCCGUUGUCCGCACACACUUACUUCGAUUUUGUAGUGCAACUGGCAAAGGUUUACACGACUAAACAGCUACACACAUGUUGGCUUUACCAUAUACACCGAUGUCGAACAUAUAACAAGAGUAACCGAAACAAUAACAGUUGAUACAAGCAAGCAGCAGCAGAAACCAAUCCACGCAUUGGAUCCAAUCUCCCAAUCCACGCUUUAUCUACCGGGAGAGUCAGGGGAUAUUUCCGAUAUCGGAUAUGUCAGAGUAGUUUGAAUAACUCGUAAGCUAGCCCCUUAAGUUGAGUGUGCAGUUUUGUAGUGGGAAUUUGUUGCAAUAUAUUAUACAGAUAUACAACUAGUUAUAUAUCCCAUAUGUAUACAUCCUACCCGUGCUUUCAACGUUGUUAGUUAUUUAGUGUUUACGUGUACGUACUAUAUGAUUUUGAUUUGUGUCAGACCCUGGUCCCCCAAUGAUCAGCUUGUUAACGAUGGCAAUAGCCUACAACAGAGGGAAACAUGAUGUUUUUUAGAUAAAUUUACACACGUGCAGUGCAAAUAGUUGAAAACGAUGCAAUUUGGCCACCGGGAGGACAGACGAACCACUGCUCAAACCACAUAUCCAAUAUCCAUCUGGAAAACCCCACAAAUAGACCUGCGGCCAGGGUCAAAGCUUGGUUAAAUGAGCAGCAAUAGCAACCACUACAAUAACCGCCAAACAAUAUGUACAUUGUAAGCCAUAAGAGAUCUUAAAACCGAGAAAUUGUUGUAAGGGAAUAAGAAUUCGGGAGAUUAAUGCAGGAAUAGUUAUGGUUCGCGAGCACGCUGAAAAUGGUAUGGGGCUUGUUCAAGGCUUAUUGUUGCCCAAAUAUUAACGACAAAUUGUAUAGUAACUAUAAAUACCCAAUCAAAUGGAAAUUUACUUAUGUGUACAAUACCCAUUAUGCAUUGUAAAGGGGAGAUCUCAACUGACAGAUACAACUGGGCGAGAUGGCUCCUUCGAUAUACUCAAAUAUCAAUGAAUGUAAACAUAUUGAUUACAUAAAUGUUCACUUAGUGCAGCAAGUUGCGAUAACCUACAAAUGUAUUUGUUAAUUUAAAUACUAUAUACAUAUAUAUUAUAUAUAUUUACGGAUUGUAUGUGUAAUACGAAGCGCCCUGUUAAAUGCAACAAGGAGAUGGGGAUCUCAGCAAAUAUACAAGUAUAAAUUAAUCAUGUAGAAUUCGUGUGCGUUAAAUGGUAGAAAGAAAAAAACAAUUGACUCAUUUAAAUAAUAAAGAUCG